UGGAGCCGCCCAACACGGACAGGUCAAAUAUCUAUCGUCAACGUUUUUGCUGUGUUCUGGGACUUGCAAGUCGCCGCCGCCGCCAUGGGCCUGGAGCUCUACCUGGACCUGCUGUCCCAGCCCUGCCGCGCUGUGUACAUCUUCGCGAAGAAGAACGGCAUCCCCUUCCAGCUGCGCACCGUGGAGCUGCUCAAGGGCCAGCACCUCAGUGAUGCCUUUGUCCAGGUGAACCCCCUGAAGAAGGUACCAACCUUGAAGGAUGGGGACUUCAUCUUGACUGAGAGUGUGGCGAUCCUGCUCUAUCUGACACACAAGUACAAGGUCCCCGAGCACUGGUACCCUCAGGACCUGCAGACCCGCGCCCGUGUGGAUGAGUAUCUGGCAUGGCAGCACACAACUCUGCGGAGAAAUUGCCUACGGGCCCUGUGGCAUAAGGUGAUGCUCCCUAAUUUCCUGGGUGAGCAAGUAUCUCCCAAGACACUGGAAGACACAGUGGCUGAAUUGGAUGUGACCCUGCAGUUGCUCCAGGACAAAUUCCUCCAGAACAAGGACUUUAUUGUCGGACCCCACAUCUCCCUGGCUGAUCUGGUAGCCAUCACUGAACUCAUGCAUCCCGUGGGUGCUGGCUGCCAGGUCUUCCAAAGCCGACCUAAGCUGGCUGCAUGGCGCCAGCGAAUAGAGGCUGCAGUGGGAAAGGACCUCUUCCAGGAAGCUCAUGAGGUCAUCCUGAAGGUCAAGAACACUCCCCCUGCAGACCCCACUAUAAAGCAGAAGCUGAUGCCUGGAGUGCUAGCCAUGAUCCAGUGAGCUUGGAGCCCCCCCCGGGCCCCGGCACUAUGAACACGUUCACAAAGCACCUUCAUUUCCAGUGUGCUGUGGAAAGCAAGCCCAGAGAGCAAGAGUUACUUGCCCUGAUCCCACUGCCAAGGUUCCAUCACAGUCAUGAUAAGGACACAAACCCAGACCUUUAA